AGGGAUUGAACUGCUGAGUGGGGCCUUUCGUCCUAUCGUCUCUUAUAACAGGAAGAUUGAAGCCGGAGGCGGUUGAUCAAAAUGCCAGAGGAGAUGGCGGACGGUGGGAGAAGGGUCGUGACACUUGACGACCUCGUCGACGCCUUGGAUAAGUGCGAGAGGGCGCCGAGCAACGUCCCAAAGGUUGAGACAUUCCAUUUCAAGGGGGAGCGAGUAUCUGACUGGUUGGAUCUGAUAGAGCAGGCGCUGGUAGGACUGUCAGAUGAGGUCAAGCUCCAACGGGUCCUAAGGUACGUCCUGCAUAGUCAUCAUCGGGAAGUAAGCAAGGUCGUGGACGCCGCCAAUGGCAGUUCGGCAAGGUUUGGAGACCUGAUGCGGAGAAAGUACAGGCUGGGGGACGGCCUGUUGACCAUGGCCGACUUGGAGGCCAUGAACAAGGAAGACUUCUCUACCAUUGGGGCGUUCGUGCACGAAUUCAAGAAAAAGGCGAGGAAAGUGCACGGGAUUUCAGAGGAGGCGCAUUGCGCCACAUUCCUGGGAUUGCUUACGGGCUCGGAGGCCGCAGAAUUGACAAAGCAUGUGGACGAGAGUGAAAAGUUCACUUGGGCGAAUAUAGACAAAGGAGUGGAAGAUGGGAGCCUGGACCAGGAAGCCCUCAGACGAGCGGCGGCAGGGCCACCAGCAGCCCCAACGAUGUUCAGGAUAUGGCAAGAAAGGGAGGAUCCAGGUGUGAGGGUCGAAGAGAUUGUGGAUGAGAGUGAGGAAGUGACUCAACAACUAAAGGCAGGGACUAUAAAGGAGGAGCUUAUAGUCGUUGAGUCAGACGAUGAGGCGCAGGAGGUGACAAGAGAGUCAGCCUCGACCAUCCUCGAAAGGAUGGAGGACCUGCUUGUAAAGGUGGGCAGGUACCAGGAAUGGUUGAGGGUGAUGUGUGAGGAGGCUCGAGAGGGGGAAGCGAACCUCCCGGAGGUGAUGCUUUAUGGGUCGGGCCCGGAGUCGUCAUCAGGUCCACAAGGGUACCCAGGAGUGGCGACGGCGGGGUCAGGUCCCAGGUCUGGAAUGACCUUUAGACCCCCUACGUCGCAUGGGAGGGUGGCGCAGGCCGCACAGACCAGGAGCCAGAGUAAGGCUACUACGAGUCAGGGACCUAGUCAGGCACCUAACCAAGCACCUCCUCGAAGGGAGCCUGAGCCCAAACGAAGGAAGGAAGUGGUGGAGGUUCAGGAGGAGGAGGAUGAGCGUGAUGACGAAGAAGAUGAGAGGCUCCGCCAGGAAGAGGACCAGCGAGCGGAGCAGAGGGCCAAGAAGAGAGGAAUUCGGGGAGAAGCGGAGCCGAGCCUGCACGACGGCGCGCCAAAAAGGAAGAAGUACGCGGUCCGGCUAGAAGAGGGCUUUGACGUGGAGCGAAUGGUGGAUAAGCUCCUGGAGGGCCAAAAUGAUUUGAUGAAUCUUAAAGACAUCUUGGCGUCAGCGCCAAGGCUCCGUGGUGAGCUAAAAGGGCGGCUUUCACGAAGAUUAGUGCCCAACGUCCACCUGAGCUCAAUUCUGCCCAAGGAGAUAGAGUGGACAGAGGCGGGCACUAGGAUGAAUUGGAAGUGUGUGGCAUGUGGGUUGGUGGAUUUGAAGGUGAGGGACCAGCCGAGCAUUGCAAUGGUGGACACGGGCGCUGAGAUGAACAUUAUCCGGGAGCGAGAUGCGACCAUGCUAGGGCUGGAGGUCGACCAUUCGGACCAUGGUGUGCUGCAUGGCGCCAACUGUAAGGCAAUUUUCUGCGGCACCGCGUCUAACGUAAUGGUGGAGAUUGAGAGGGUAAGGGCACGGACGUGCUUCUUCGUCAUGCCCGAUGUCAACCACCCUAUCCUUUUGGGGAGGUCGUUCCUCUACCGAACGGAGACCUUGGUCUUCAACAGRCAUGAGGGGACGAUGAUCCUGGCCUUAUCUGAUCCGGCCUGCGGGAACUAUGAGAUCAUCAAGUGUCGGAACACAGGACCCGGAAGUGGGAGGAACAGGCUUAAUCUCGGCUCCUUUACCUUCGAAGACUCUGAGUACGCGCGACGAAGACUCCGGGAGGAACAAGAGGAGGAAGGAUCGGCCGAAGUAUUGUCCUUGAGCCUUAACGAUGUGAAUAAGGCAAUGGAGGUGGUGGCGGCACAUGAUAUGGCGGACCCCGAGGCCAUAAAGGCAUUAAGAGAGCAGGACUUCGCUACCAAGACGGAGCAUUUGAGGAAGCUGGUGCGUCAGGAUCAGAAAUGGGUCUGGGGCGAAGACCAGGAAAAGGCUGUGGAAAGGAUGAAGGGAGAGUUCAAGGAGGGAGGUUUGGUGCUGGGAGCGCCAAAUUAUGAGGCUACGGAGGAAAAGUCAUUCGUUGUCGAGACGGACGCUGGGCCAACUGCCUUAGGAGGGGUCCUGAUUCAAACAGAUGCGGAUAGGAAGGAGAGGCCACUAAGGUUUGAAAGCCGUACCCUCAAUACGACUGAGAGGAACUACUCGCAAUUUAAGAAGGAGACGUUGGCGGUACUCCAUUGCCUGAGGACCUUCCAGAACUAUAUUUUUGGCAAGAGGCUCGUUUUGAGGGUGGACCCUACUGCGCUUGCAUGUUCCCUGAAAAGUUAUACUCCAUCUGACCCAACCAUCGCGAAGUGGUUGACUUACAUUUGGAUGUUUAACUUUGAGCUAGAGAGGAUUCCAUGGGACAAGAACAGGGCAGAUGGGCUGAGCUGUAUCAACUGGGACGGGGCGAAUCAGGAGUCCAUUGAGGACACCCCACCAAUCGACGGGUUCUUGGAUCAGGAAGAGGAUGUCCGCCUCCACAUAAAUGAAUGGUCGUUGAGGGUGCCUAGCUACGUCACGCACCCCAUAUGGCUAGCGCCAAGGGGGUACGAAUGGAAGGAGGAGUUGGUCCUCAAGCCCUUCCAGGAGGAAGAUCCGUGGGGGAAUAGGGAUGUUGGCUGGAUGAUGAAGUUGGCAUUGGCAGGUACACAUAGUCUGACAGAAGAAGUAAGGACGAUAGAGGAAGGCUCAACCCAGGUAGAGGAGCAUGAGCAAUUAAUGAGAGGGAUGUAUUUGCUCACUAAUACGCUCCUGCAGGGAAACUUUAACCAGAGGGACUCAUUUGGUCCUGAGGAAAGUGAACUUUUUAUUCCUGAAAGCCAGGACGAUGAGUUCGAAGAGGGAGAGAUCAGGGAGGCCUUCCGUGCAGAAGAGUAUGACGGGAUCUAUCGGGAGGUGGGGUUACUCCUGUCAUGCAAAAUGAGGGAUAGGGACGCAAGUGCUAAAGCCCAGAAGAUGAGGUAUCUCUACGUAGUAAGAGAUGACCAUCUGUUUAUAAAGCGACAGGUCGGGAACCCCAAGAGGAUCGUAUGUGGGAGGAACCGGCAGAUCGAUGUCAUAGCAGCCCUACACGAUGGUAUAGCAGGGGGGCACAGAGGGGUUAGUGCCACGUGCGCAAAGAUAAGCGAGUUAUACCAUUGGGAUGAAAUGCUGACUAUGGUCAUCAAAUACUGCCAGUCCUGUGUACCUUGCCAGCAGAGGUCAGCGCAAAGGCCUGGGGAGCCUCUGCACCCCAGGUUGGAAAGGGAAGUGGGUGCAGUCGUGCACCUCGACCUGUUGUUUAUGCCACUCAGGGAAGAUGGAAGUAACUAUAUCUUCCACGCACGGGACAACCUUACCAGUCUAGCGACUCACCUUGAUGUGUUUCGAUGGGAGGCCUCACGGUUGGGGGAGGGCUCAGCUGAGCCGGUGCGCUAUGUACCGUUAGAGGAGCCUCUGGACCUCGAGACGGAGACGGACACACGAGACCGAGGGGGGAUGCAAGACCCUGGGAUGGCAGCCGAGCGGCCAGACCCAGUACGACCUCACAUUGAAGAGGUGAUCACGGUCGGAGACGAUACCCCUCCAUGCACCCCAGUUCCAGAGCCAGCACAGCAGUCCUGGCCAGAGGGGAUUCCUGAGCCAGGCAACGAGGAGAUUCCAGAGUUUCCCCAAGAGACCACUGUUGUGCCUGAGCAGGAGACGGAAAUGGAGGAUCAGGGGGUGCGUGAGAGAGCAAGGGUGGAGGUACUCCCUGACUUGCCAUUGCCCACGCAUGCGACCGAGAGCCCAGUUAUCGGGGGGCCUGCUCUAGCGGAAUCAUUGCCAACAUUGUCGUGCACGAGCGAGAGGGUGGGUGCCGAAGCAUCGACCCCGGAAGGCCAGGGGCCGCAAGGGAGGGGAGCCUCAAGAGAAACCCGCGAGGAGAAGUCCGCCAGAGUGCGAGUCCGUCUCAAUGAGAUACACGCGAGGCAGGCUGAGAUGGAGGCGACAGGGAUAGAGCCGACACCGCCGGUCGAUCCCAAAAUGAGCGAGCAGCGGAUCGACGAGUUGUGGGGGAGGUACGAGAGCCAGAGGGAUGCGGCCCGCCAGAGGUCACGAAAGACUGGACAGGCGGACGUGGAGGCGGGUGAGCUGAGGGAGAUGGGGGACUUGGGGUUCUCUGCGACUAGGAUGGCGAUUGAGCGUGCGGACAGGAAGAUAUGCGAGACAGCAGUUACAUCCUUCCAUUGGUAUAGUCUACUCAGCGGUGAGCUCAGGGUCAGAGAGUUGGAGGUGGAGCACCUGACUACUCAGCUUGCCGAGGAGAGGGCGAGGAGCCAGGCCAGAGAGGUUGAGUGGGAGAGGAGAUUUGGGGAGAUAGCGGCCGCUGUGGAUAGGCUCUCGGGAGCCUGGGAGGCUAGCCAGGCUUCGCCGAGUCGGGGAGCAACGAUGGAGGCCCCUCGACAGGUCGGGUCAAUGGGGAAGGUGCCUCUGGAUUCGGCCGAGGAGGAGGGUGACGUUCAGGAGUCGCUUAUGGCUAUGUCCACGGAGAGGAGAGGCUCGCGUUUGCAUGAGCUGGCGGCAGCCAUGGGGAUAGGUACACCACAGGAGAGGCCUCAGAGGCUUGACACCCCAGGCUACACCUCAGGGCUGGGAGGGUUGAGGGCGGAGCUGGGCUCCUGGGCCACGGAGACGGACUCAGGAGGACCUGACUCAGGGACGCAGCAGCAGCAGGAGGUCGUGAGUGAACCGGCCGCCGUGGCGGGGUGUCAGCCGUCAGGAUCAUGUGGGAAUGUGGCGGCGAUGGAGAGGCCUCACGAGGAGAGACCCCGAGAGUUGGGCACGCCAGGCCACGAACCAGUGAGCACUGCCGUGCGAGGGGGUGAGGACGCUGAGGCUAUGGAGUUCAAACCUCGGGGCCAUAUGGGGGUGCCAUCGUGUCAUGAGGUGACCACCGAGACCAUAGGGACGCCUUCAACAUCGAGUUCCCGGGGGGAGAAAGAAGAAGACGGUCAGGUGGCACAACACCUCCUGCUUUUGGUGCAAGAGGGAAGGGCAUAGAGUCGUGGACUGCCCAGAGCUCCUCGAGGAUAAGGCCGAGGGGCGGGUUGCAAAGGUCGACGGCAAGUUCUAUGACAGA